ACCGUAACGAUAUUUUCAAAACAAAAAAGUAGAUUAUCAUUGAAAAAUGUUCUAAAAUUAUCAAAUUUCUUCUCGUGUAAAGCUUUUGAAUUUUUUAUAAUUGCCACAUAGCCAUGAAGCGACUUUUGGUCCUUCCUCUCGUCAUAUUUGCCGUUCACAUAAUUCUUGCUGACGCCCAAAGUUACGAAGAUAAGCGAUGCAAAUGUGUCUGCCCGUCGGUAAACAGCGUAAUUAAUCGCACCACAAACGACGAUUCUCGCAUGCUAAUUAUCGAAAAUGUUCUGCCAUCGCAGUGCAAUUGCGACGAAGUCAUUUUGCCGCGACUCGCCAAGAAAAAUAUCUCGAUCAAUGGCAAAGAAAAGGAAUUUUGUCCACGUUGCGAAUGCAAAUACGAGAAUCGGAACACGACAACGAUCAAAGUCAUUGUCAUCAUCGUGAUUUUUGUCAUUUCCAUUCUUUGCGUUUACAUGUUGUUCCUGUUCUUGCUGGAUCCCUUGCUGAACAAACGCAUGAAGUUGAAUUAUCAGGAACACACGAACGAGGAAGACGAAACGAAUUCGAAUCCGAUGCAAAUGGUGUUUGGACCGUCGACUUCGCGCGCAAAUGAGGCAGGCGGAUCGAAUAAUGUCUUGAACCGGGUGGGAGCGCAUCAGGACAAGUGGAAGAAACAGGUGAAGGAACAGCGGAAGAAUAUUUACGAUCGUCAUAGCAUGUUGAAUUGAGGAGAUAGUGACGAGACGUGAUGAAAGUAUUGAUUGAAAUUAUUAUAAAAAUUAUCUAAGAAUUAAUUGAGGAAGACUAAAUAAAAUAAAUAUUUAACUCGGAA